AUGUUGCAGAGAGCAGCAAGCAAUGCAUAUUCAUGGUGGUGGGCCAGCCACAUCAGGACAAAGCAGUCAAAAUGGCUGGAACAGAACCUUCAAGAUAUGGAGGAGAAAGUUCAUAGUACACUUAAAAUCAUUGAUGAUGAUGGGGACUCCUUUGCACAGAGGGCAGAAAUGUAUUACAGGAAGAGGCCAGAGCUAGUGGUCUAUGUUGAAGAAUCGUUCCGGGCAUACCGGGCUUUAGCAGAGAGAUAUGAUCACUUGUCAAGAGAUCUGCAGAGUGCCAACCGUACGAUUGCCACAGUUUUCCCGGAGAGAGUUCAGUAUGCAAUGGAGGAUGAGGAUGAGGAAACUGCUUCUCAAUCAUCGACUUCUUCCGAUGAUCCCAACAAAGCCUCCACAGAUGAAUCCAAACAAAGCAUCCCAAAAGUUCCCAAGUUACCAAAUAAAGAUUUCAGGAGCAAAUCCAUGUUAAGGAGGGGGCCGCUUAAGAGAAAUACAAGCUGUUUUAAAGCUACCAUAACUCCAAGGUCAGGGCUGACCAAAGAUGAGGCACUGGAAGAAAUUGAUAAGCUUCAGAAAGAUAUUUUGGCCCUACAAACUGAAAAGGAAUUUGUAAAGAUCUUGUAUGAACGCGGAUAUGACAGGUACUGGGAGUUUGAAAACGAGAUUACUGGUAAGCAAAAAAGAGUUUGCAGCUUACAAGAUGAGUAUGGUAUUGGCACCGUCAUCGAAGAUAACGAAGCUCGAACUUUGAUGGCUGCCACAGCUUUGAAAUCAUGCAAAGACAGCUUGACUAAGUUACAGGAAAAGAAAGAUGAAUCAGAAGAAGAGGCAAGAGUUGAGUGCCUAAGGGUUAGGGAAGCCUGCAUGAAGUUUGAAGGCCUCAAAGAUGAAUUUCGUUCGAAAGACGCAGACUGGUGUGAUCCAACUGAGGAGGAUGAGGCUGAGAACAUUGAUUUAGAAACAAGAAACGUAGACCAAGAAAGACAUGAUCAGGAAUUGUUGCGGUCUAAGAUUUUGGAACAGCUGGAUACAAGUUCAAACACCUCUAUCACUAUUACAGAACUGGCAGAGAAAAUUGAUGGACUUGUAAACAAGGUUGUGAGUCUAGAAACUGCAGUCUCAUCUCAGAAUGCUCUAGUAAAUAGAUUUAAAUCAGAAACAGAUGAACUUCAGGCACAUAUUCGGAGCUUGGAAGAGGAAAAGGAGAUUCUGAUGAAAAACUCGGACAGUAUGAGGAAAAGGAUAAAGGAGUUGGAGGAGGAGUUGCGUAGAAUUAAAAAUUUAAAAAGAAGUGUAGAAGACCAAAAUAACAACCUCCAAGCGCAUUUUACAGAAGCUAAUUGUAAUCUUGAUCAUCUCUCUGGAAAAUUGCAUAGUGUGAAGCAUGAAGAGGAGGAUGAGAACGCAGGACUAUUCCAGGAAGUGAGAGCACUUGAUGCCAAACCAGAAAAGGAGAUUAAAGUGGAUUCAGAUAAGUCGGCUCCCGAUGAAGAUUCAGCGGUCUUGGAAGACAAAAUGACAGAAGAUGAAAUUAAGAAAGUGGAUGUUACAAUUCUCAAAAAUUCCGUCAAGGGUGAAGAAGAAAACCAAUCUGAUCCAAGCAAUAGCCUUGGUUUGAUGACUGAAAAGCCUCAGGAGCCAAUGCAGCAGGAACAGGUUGAGAAUCAGGAUUUGUCUGAGACAGUAGACAGUAAUCUUGAAGUUGAGCCACAGGAACUGGAACUUGCAAAUGAAGGAGAUCAACCAAACUGGAGGCAACUAUUCUUAAAAGGGUUAGAGGAUAGAGAAAAGGUUCUGCUGGAGGAGUAUACUUCAAUUCUCCGGGAUUAUAAGGAUGCAAGGAAGAAGCUGGGAGAAGUGGAGAAGAAAAACCGGGAUAACAUCUUCGAUUUGGCAAUGGAGAUAAGGGAAUUGAGGAGUGUUGUUUCUUCAAAGGACAAGGAGAUUAAACUUUUGAAGCAAAAACUGGGAUCCCCAGAGACAAAUCUGGAUGAUAGUCCUAAAACCUGUUCGACAGUAUAUAAGUAUCCAAAUCAGGAAGGCUCCCUCGAGAGCCCAACUCAAGUAGCUGCAUCACCGUACUCUCCAGUUCCAUCUCUAAAUUUCGAUAAAGAAAUAGCUGCCAGUUAUCUUGGUGAACAAGCAACAGAGAGAUUUGAGGACUCAUCAGAAAACUUGAAAGUCUCACCUAGAAAGGAGGAAGAAAAAGCAACGAGGAAAAGGCAUGUUGUUAGACCCCAUUCUGUUUCAGCUAUUGAAGGAAGAUUCCGUUCAGACAUUGAUGAGCUGCUGGAGGAGAACUUAGAAUUCUGGUUGAGGUUUAGUACCUCAGUUCAUCAGAUACAAAAAUUCCAGACUUCGAUACAGGAUUUACAGUCAGAGUUGUUCAAACUAAAGAAUAAAAAGAAGCAUGAAGGAGGGUCUAAACCGCAGUCUCUACAAUCAGAUGGUAGGCCAAUAUACAGACACCUGAGAGAGAUACAAACUGAACUGUCCUUAUGGUUGGAACACAAUGCAGUACUUAAAGAUGACUUGCAAGGUAGAUUCUCAUCUUUGUGCCACAUUCAAGAUGAGAUAUCAAGACUCUCCAAUUUAGGUUCAGAAGGAGAGAAGAUGGAGCUUAUAAGCAAAUAUCAGGCCGCAAAGUUUCAAGGCGAGGUUCUCAACAUGAAGCAAGAGAAUAACAAGGUCAAAGAUGAAUUGAAGGCAGGUCUUAACCGUGUUAGAGAACUGAAGUUUGAGGUCGAGAAGACGCUAACAAGACUUGAUGAAGAACUUGGCAUUUCUGUGGCAUCAAAGAGCAUUGAACCGAAACGCUCAACUAGUAAGGCUCGAAUUCCCUUGCGGUCUUUCUUGUUUGGGGUUAAGUUGAGAAGGCAAAAGCCAUCAAUCUUCUCAUGUGCCAGCCCAGCAUUACAGAAACAACACAGCGAUCUAGCAGCAGCUGCACCACCACCAGAACAACCAAUGUAGAUGAUCAGUUAUAUUCUACUUUUAUGUUUUUAGUUUUAAAAUUCAUUGAGGGAUCAAUCUUCUAUGUUAGUCAUGCAUAGUACUUUUGCAGACAGGAACCAGAGACAGGUUAAUGCUGUAGUAUUGUAUUCUUUUUUUAUUUCAUUAUCUUGUAUGAUAUUAUUCAGGAUC